AUGGGUUCAGGAUUACUUAUACAAAAAUUUAAGAAAUAUCUUGAGCAGCACCAAGAUGAUAUAAAGUCUAUCAAACAAUUUAAGACAUGGUUUAAUACAGAGCAGUGUAUUGAAAGAGAAGAAGUAGAGAAAGUUGUAAUGUCAUUAUACCAAACGAUUUUAUAUAAUUUGUCAUUAAAUGAAUCUCCCUUUACAUUUGAAGAACAAAAACUAUGUGUAGAAUAUAUUAUUAUGGAAGAGUUAUAUGAAAAUAUAUUUGCUACAAAAGAAGAAAUAGAAAUAGAUGCACGUCUAAUCAAACAAAUAAUUCUUAUGCAAAAAAUACCAAUAUCUAAAUAUCAAGUUUCUCAAAAAAUUAUAAAUGAUCAAAAUUGGAAUAGAUCAAAAGAUUUAUUAAUAGAAAUUAAUAAUUUCAAAACUCCAACUGAAAAAAUAAAUUCUAUUAACAAAUGUUUUAGAAAUAUUAUUUAUCAUAAUAACAUUACUUUGCAAAUGAGUUGUGAUGAAAUAUUGGAAAUAUUAACAUAUCUUAUUGUUCAAUGUCAACCACCUAUGUUAUAUUCUAAUAUCUCUUUUAUAAGAAAAUGCUGUUUUGAUUUAACUUCUGAAAAUGACUAUUUUCUUACCCAACUAGAGAUUUGUGUUCAAUUAAUUCUUCAAUACACACCUGGUUUACCAAAAAAAUAUGACGAAAAUGUAGAAAAUAAAAUCAUUAAUUCCCCUCCAAUUUCAUCCGCCUCAUCUCAACUUACAUUUUAA